AUGGGUCCGAAUGCGGUGGGAGUCCACUUAGAGGCAUAUGGGAUCAUGGUCGGGGCCGAUACGGGGACUCUUCGGAUAGGAUCCGAGCGACCCGAGAUGGAACGAUUCAUCCCGAGCUGCGUCCCAGGCUCUGAGCCCCAGUCCCAGGCUCUGAGCCCCAGCCAAGGCUCUGAGCCCCAGCCAAGGCUCUCAGUAUACGCGACACACCCCCCAGGUGAGCUGCGCAGCAGCUCACCUGCGUUGAGCGGCCGCGCUGCCCGCAAGCCCGCGCCCGCUACCCGCCGCCGGCCUCCCCCUAGUGCGCUCCGCGCGCACGGUUUGCGCUGUUAG